AUGUACCUGCUGCAGCCUGGUUCGGAAGAACUGCCGCAGCCUGAUUUAGAGCGGCUGAUCAGCUCGAUCGGUCAAGAAUCGAAAGAAGGUGUCGAGCCUGGCAUCGUCGUUCAACGAAAAGAUGGCGACGGCAAAUCGUCGAAGAUCCGUUACUCGAACCUGCGAGAUGUCGAAAUCGGUCCAAGUUCGGUGGUGGGGAUCGUCGAUCGCUACGAUACCGACAGCAAAGAUCCAAGCAAAGCAAAAACCGAAGGGCAGAAGAUUAUUUACGGCGGCCCGCUGUUGAUGAUCGGCCUGGGGAUUGCGUUCUGCUAUUUCAUGAUUCGUCGCAUCGGCGGCACCGGCAGCGCCAUCGCUUUUGGUCGCAGUCGCGGCAAGCUGCACAUGCAGGACGAUUUGAACAUCAGCUUUGACGAUGUCGCUGGUAUUGAAGAAGCAGUCGACGAAGUGAAAGAGAUUGUUGACUUCCUACGAUCGCCAGAGAAGUACCAAGAGUUGGGCGGGCGUAUUCCUAAAGGCGUGCUGUUGGUCGGACCUCCGGGAACGGGGAAAACGUUGUUGGCCAAAGCGAUUGCCGGGGAAGCUGGC